AUGUUUUCAGCACCUUAUGGUGGAGCAGGCGGUGGCGGUAGUGGUUACAUGGGUUCUGGGGUUGUUGGUGUAGGCUUCUAUAUGGGUGGGCCUACCCCAAAUGACCGCAGACCUUACAACGCUGCCCCGGUUGCUAAGCCUUUUUACGGUGGAUACCGAGAAGAUAACUACAACAGACGAUCAGAUCGACGAGACGAUUUCCGUGGUGGUAAGCGUGGUCAGCCGAAAGGGCGAAGUCCGGAGAAACGUUACCAUGAUACACCACCUAGCCAGCGUAAAGACCACAGAGCUUUCGGGAAGCGCCAGUCGUCAUUUUCACGUUACGAAGUGAAGAUCCCCAAAGGGUUGUUCAACGUGUCUUCAUCGUCCUUACCUGACCUCCGACAUCGAUACCCUCAUCUCAACAUAUCAGGUGACUUUUACGAGUGCACAUCAUUAUGGGUAGAAUCUUUCCCCAUGCACGAACCAUUUCAACUAGGAAGUGGCACAGAUUACCAUGUUUUCCACCGGGACGUUGAUCCCCCCACACCCCUAGACUCAGCUCUUCUGAACCCACCCGAUGCAGAUUAUUCCUAUUCAGCCCGAGUUAUGCUGAUGGCUUGCCCACAACUUGGUGAGUUAUAUAAAAAUACUUGUCGUAUGGCGGACGAUGCCAAUGGAGCUGGUAAAGUCCUGCCUGACAAGAGUAUACACUUUCUGGUUGGCGGUCGUGCAAAGAGUGAAACUAUGGCUCUUGGUGGACCUUGGUCACCAAGCUUAGACGGACCUGAUCCCCAAGGGGACCCAAGAACUCUCAUCAAGACAGCUAUCCGGACGUUCAAAGGCUUGACUGGACUAGACUUAUCUUCUUGCACUGAAUGGGUCAGAUUCAUGGAGCUCAAGUAUUAUCGUAUGCCUGACACAAAAGCUCCAGCUUUUACAGAAGCUGAAGAAGAAAGAGAGAUAACAUCAGAACGCCCUGAAGUCGUGGUGUUCUUUAUACCUAAUGCCGCUCAUUUAAUUCCUUCGGAAGAACAGUGGGCUAAGACCAAAGAGUAUUACAACUCCAUACUGCAAAAACAAUUGACUGUAGAGAAGGUAGAAGAAGAUAGUAUAAUGGAGCAGCAAGAUGGUGAUACAAGCGUGGCAGAUGUCAGUGUAGAGGAACCCGAAGAGUCAAGCGCGCGCUCAGACAUGGAGCCGACUCACUACUCUAAACUAGAUGUAAAUACUCUCAAGGUUAGCGACCUACGAAACGAAUUGGCAGCUAGGAAGUUAGAUACCAAAGGCCUUAAGGUUAAUUUAGUGGCCCGUUUACAAAGUGCUCUGGAUGAGGAAAAAAAGGCAGACGCCCCAGAAGACAUUAAGAUUGAUGAGGAGGUUAAAGCCGAACAGACUCCGAAUAAGAUCUCUUCGCCGUCUGCGACGCAGCCAAAGGAUGAUUCAAAGGACCUAUCUGAAAAAGAUCGCCGGCGUCUGGAACGCCUCUACCGUCUUGGUGAUAAGCCAGCCAUCGUUAUCCAUCCGAACAAAUCAGCUAAGGGGGGUCGUUUCGAUUGUCAUCGUGUUUCUUUGUUCUCUCUACUCGACUAUCAUACUGAAGACCAAAAAGAGCACAAUUUUGAAGUAUCCCUGUUCGCUGAACAGUUCCAUGAAAUGCUUCAACGGGAUGCAGCCUUCACAAUAUUCAAGGCUAUUCACGAUGCACCUGAGAAAGAAAUUAAACCUGAACAAGAUGGAAAACUCGAAAACGGUUUCGAUUCCGACGAACCCGAUUCUAAGCGACGCAGAAAUGACAGUCAAAAUGGUCAUUGCGAUGAACAGGACGAGAUUAAAGUCCGCCGCCUCAGGCGAACUGUGAACCCAGCUCUGUUGUUCGCGUUUACCUACUUUGACAUGAGCCGAGCUGGGUAUAUUCGAGAACAUGAUUUGUGUGAAAUACUCCACCUUCUCGGUCUUCGAUACUCUCGCACCCAGAUGCGUAAACUUGUGGCCAGGGUGGCUACUCGGCGUGACCACGUGUCGUACCAUAACUUGACAGAUAGCGAUAUUGUCGAGGGUGAUGAAAAAGACGUCGUUUCCAUGAACUUGAAUGUCAAAGAGGAUGUCGAAGUAACGAGGAUGCUUGCACUUGGUAACCGAGCUCUUUUCGAUAUGACAGUUCCACAAACUCCUGCAAGGAUUGUUCUUGGUGGCGGAAAUACGGAACAAAUGUUGAAGCGAGUGGAGUUAGCUGAGGCAGUCAAACAAAAGCUUGAAUUCCAAUUCUUCCAGAUAAAGGAUGAGCUAGAAAAAACACGGGUCAAGGUAAACUCGUUCAAAGAUACUGAGGACGAGUUGAGGGCAGAAAAUCGUGAUUUAGCAUCGCGCCUUAAGUCUGAACAAAAGCAACUUCAUGAAUAUAAAAGUCAAGCAAACACCUACAACCACUUAUUGCGCUCGGCAAGAGAUCAAAUGGAUAAAGCUCUUUUCGACAUUAACAAACAGUUCGACAAGGAAAAAGCAAAGCGCGAGGCUGAAAAAGCUGCUGCUGAUGCGGAAAAAGCCAAAGCUGAAGAGGAAGCUAAUAAACUCAAAGAAAAGGAUGACAAGGUUGAGGAUUGUGAAAAGUCCGAGGAAAAAGAGUGGGAAGUUGUUGACGCUGUCUGA